UCGAGUCAGAUGAUAAGCAGGUUAUGAAUAUAUUGAAAUGAUACACGUUUGAAACAAACUUAUAUCUGCAGUAAUUUAAAAAUAAAUGCAUUUAUUAAGGAGAGCUUUCUGAGAGAACGGAGUGAGGAUAAAUGAUAAAUAUGCUCAAAUUUCCGAGAUUAUUAGUAAAUCAUGUGAAAGCGUUGGCGACACCCACGUCGUCUAGUAAUGCGGAUUAUUUGUCACAACAAACACGAAACACUUUUAUUCUCAAAAGAAGGAAUCCAGUACCUCUUCAUAAAAAGAAUGCCAAGCCCCAUCAUCUGAGAACAAGGCAUUUUAUUUACGAUCUUGUUGAGGAUACUAAUGUAAAGAGAAAAAAACCACUCGAUUUGAUUCUGACACAAUACGUGGCAGGACUUGGCAAUAUGGGCACUCAAGUGUCGUUACACCCAACGAUAGCGUACUCAAAGCUUUUACUGCCGAAAUUGGCGGACUAUGCUACUCCUGAGAACAUUGAAAAGUAUACGAAAUUGGCGGCAGACAAGGAGAAUGAUAAGUCGUUCAGUUCUUCCUCGGUAGAGAAAACAAUGAAGUAUCUAUCGCGGAAACGGAUAUCCAUAGUGAUGUCAAAGGACAUGCCAUGGACAUUGGAGAAGUGGCAUAUCAAAGCAAAUUUCCGCAAGGCUGGUAUUUAUCUACCUGAGGACACUAUAACGAUGCCUGAGAAACCAAUAUCUGGACCGAAUCUGGAUUUACAGGGAAAGGAAUUUUACGUGACUAUCACGAUUAAUAAUCGCGAACAAGUGAAGGUGAGAUGUUGUCUGCAUCAUUGGACGCCGGAAAAUUCUUCGCAACUUUACGUCAAUGAAUUUUGGAAGCUGCCAACCGAUCCAAUAUUUCCCGAAGACAAGCCGAUUUUAGAUUCUCUUCCUCCUUUCUGGAUGGAAAGGAAGAAAACCACAUGUUUCUAA